CUAAGCGUGUACACUACCACACGGUCAAACAUUGGUGCUGAGAGCGAUAUAGAUCUGGUUUUGAACGUGGAUGAUUUUGAUAUUGAGUCCAAAUUUGAAAGGACAGUGAAUGUCUCUGUACCAAAGAAAACCCGAAAUAAUGGCACAUUAUAUGCAUAUAUAUUUCUUCAUCAUGCUGGCAUUUUGCCUUGGCAUGAUGGUAAGCAGGUGCAUAUAGUAAGCCCUCUGACCACAUAUAUGGUCCCUAAACCAGAAGAGAUUAAUUUGCUCACUGGAGAAUCAGCCACACAGCAAAUUGAAGCAGAAAAACAGACCAACGCUCUAGAUGAACCUGUCUCUCACUGGAGGUCAAGAUUAACCUUAAACGUCAUGGCAGAAGAUUUUGUGUUUGAUGGAUCAUCCCUCCCUGCUGAUGUUCACCGUUACAUGAAGAUGGUUCAGUUGGGGAAGACAGUGCAUUACCUUCCAAUAUUAUUUAUUGAUCAGCUAAGCAACAGAGUGAAAGAUUUGAUGGUUAUAAAUCGUUCAACAACAGAGCUACCUCUUACAGUGUCAUAUGAUAAAAUAUCUCUUGGAAAACUCCGAUUUUGGAUCCACAUGCAGGAUGCUGUGUACUCCCUCCAACAAUUUGGAUUUUCAGAAAAGGAUGCAGAUGAAGUAAAAGGAAUUUUUGUUGAUACUAACCUGUACUUUCUGGCUUUGACAUUCUUCGUAGCAGCAUUCCAUCUUCUCUUUGAUUUCCUUGCAUUCAAAAAUGAUAUCAGCUUUUGGAAGAAAAAGAGGAGCAUGAUUGGGAUGUCUACAAAAGCAGUACUUUGGCGGUGCUUUAGUACUGUGGUAAUAUUUCUCUUCCUUUUGGAUGAACAAACAAGUUUAUUGGUACUGAUCCCAGCAGGCAUUGGUGCAGUGAUUGAGCUCUGGAAAGUGAAGAAGGCUUUGAAAAUGACAAUCAAGUGGCAAGGCUUGAGACCCAGAAUUCAGUUUGGUACAUACAAUGACUCCGAAAAGAAAACUGAGGAGUAUGAUACCCAGGCUAUGAAAUACUUGUCAUAUUUGCUCUAUCCACUGUGUAUUGGAGGCGCAGGUUACUCCUUGCUGAAUGUCAAAUACAAAAGCUGGUACUCCUGGUUGAUUAACAGUUUUGUCAAUGGAGUGUAUGCUUUUGGAUUCCUGUUCAUGCUGCCCCAGCUGUUUGUAAACUACAAGAUGAAAUCUGUUGCACACUUGCCAUGGAAGGCUUUCACUUACAAAGCAUUCAACACCUUUAUUGAUGAUAUAUUUGCUUUUAUCAUCACUAUGCCAACAUCUCACAGGCUGGCGUGCUUUAGAGAUGAUGUGGUGUUCCUGGUCUAUCUUUACCAAAGAUGGCUUUAUCCUGUGGAUAAGAGCAGAGUGAAUGAGUAUGGAGAAUCUUAUGAAGAAAAGCCAAAAAAAAAAGCUCAUAGAGAAUAACUAAGAAUUGAAGAAGAUUCUGACCCCUGGACUCUUACUGGCUUCAUGUAUUAUCUGGUCUUAAGGAAGGAAAAACUUAUUUAAUAAGAGUAUUUUUAAAGCUUAUGACAGAACUACAUGGACGAUACAUCUUCUAUAUUGCCAAAAUCUAGUUUUGAUAUCCUCCUGUUUCAGGAUCCUCUUUUGUCCUCACAAGGUCCACAGUCUGCUGGAUGUUAUUUAAUAAACUUCCUGCAUUUAAACUUCUCUUUGGUUAAAGCCUGAGUGUCCUGACCAUUGUAAUUAAUACCCAAAUCUAUGUUUUUGAGACAACUCACGAACUCAAAGUGUGGUGCCCAUGCCAGUAGGCUAUGAAAGAGAAAAAAGCCAGUGUGUUGCAGCAGAAUCGAGCACUGUUGCCAGACUGGAGGCU